AUGAACAACUUUGCAAAAAUAUUUCAAUCAAAUUGGAUAGAUCUAAAUAAGUUGGGAAAACUUGAAAUAUUUUUAAAAACGAUAUCAGGAAUUUAUAAAGCACCAAAUAGGACACACUUAUUAGCACACGCAGCAGAUAUAUCAUCUUUUUAUGCAGUUAAAAAUAUUUAUGAAUAUAUGAAAAAUGAUGAUGAAGGAAAAGUUAUAUUAAAAAAUAAACCAUUACUAAUAAGACAAGAUAUCCAAUUUAAUGAGUUAAAAAAAUUGCCUAAAAAUACUUUAGGUUAUAAAUAUAUGGAAUUUUUAGAAGCAUAUAAACUUCAUGCCCAUGAUAGAGAAGCAGCUCAUUUUUUUGAUGAUAUUAAUUAUUCAUAUAUAUUAACAAGAUAUAGACAAAUACAUGAUAUAGGGCAUGUUGUUUAUAAUUUAAAUAUAUCGAUUGAAUCUGAGGCUGCAUUAAAAAUGAUUGAACUAAUACAUACAAAAUUACCUAUAACAUUACUAGCUAUUUUAGUAGCACCUUUUAUGACACCCUUAUAUAGAUUUCAAUAUAUAUUUAAAGAUAAAAUACCUCCAAAUUUUCUUAAUUCCAAUUUUGAUUAUACAUAUAAAGAUGAUUAUAAUUAUAUAGAUGAACUAUCAUUAAAACAAUAUGUAUAUAAUUUAACAGAAUAUUUUCAUAUUGAUAAAACAGAUAAUAAUUUAUUUUUUCAAAAAUUAUAUAAAUAUUAUUUUGACAAUUUAAAUAAUUCCAAUAAUAUUCGAGGUACUAUUAUUUAUGGAUAUAAUAAUGAAAAUAAUAAUGAUAUAAUUUUUGAUAAUAUAAAUAAUGAAUAUAUUUUUUUAAAAAAUCCUGAAAAAAAUUAUUUUCUUUUUAAAUAUAAACCAAGACAAACAUUAUUGAAACAAUUAUAUCCUUGGGCAUAUAUGGCUGGUAUGGCAGCAACAAAACCUCUUCAUUCUAUUUAUAUUGAAAAUUGGCUAGACAAAGAUAUUGAUAUGUUCAGAAAGAAAUACAACAUAAUUCCUCUUCCUAACCACCUGAGUUUAAUGUCCGGUAUUAACUAA